AUCACAGCAGUUGUUUCAUAGAUGUGGGCGAAGCCCAGGGGGGGGGCCGCGUCUGUUGCGUGUUGUGGAUGGCGCGGUGUUUGAAUCGUUAUCGCGGCGGAUGAGAUGACGGGAUCAGGGCGGUGAUCACCCGGGGGACAGAUUUCCGAGUGCAUCCCAUAGAUCCAGGACCAUGAGUUGGGUGGUGGAGGAAUGGAAGGAGGGUCUUCCCACCAAGACCCUGCAGAAGAUCCAGGAGCUGGAGAGCCAGCUGGAUAAGCUGAAGAAGGAGCGGCAGCAGCGGCAGUUCCAGCUGGAGUCCCUGGAGGCGGCCUUCCAAAAACAGAAGCAGAAGGUGGAAUGUGAGAAAGGCGAAAUCACGGCGCUGAAAAGAGAAAAUCAGAGUCUAAUAGAAUUGUGCGACAACCAGGAGAAGACGCGGCAGAAGCUGAGCCACGAGCAGCAGGUGAAGGACACGCAGAUCAACUUCCUGGAGGGUCAGCUGAGCGCCAGCAAGAAGAACAUCGAGAAGCUGGAGCAGGAGCUGAAGAGAUACAAGAAUGACCUGGAAAGGAGCCAGCAGUCGUUCAAUGGGGCGGACAUGUCUAUCUGUGUUACCCCCCAGAAAAGCCUUACCGCCUCAUUCACACCUGUCAAGUUUAAUGAUUGUAAGUAUGAAGAGCUGCAAGAGAAGUAUAAUAAGGAGGUGACGGAAAGAAAGAGGCUGGAAACGGAAUUGAAGAUUCUCCAGAUUAAAUUGGUGAACCAGACGUCUCAGCCAGCACCGCAGAACACCAUGAACCACCGUGACAUCGCUCGGCAUCAGUCGUCCUCCUCGGUCUUCUCUUGGCAGCAGGAGCGGACACCGAGUCGCCCAUCGUCCAGCAGCCAUGAUACGUCUCUAAAGAGGAAUUACACUUCAAUCCAUUAUCCAUGGGAGCAGGAGGAGACGCCAAGCAAAAGAGGAUUGAAAUCCGAAGGGUUAAACAGAAGUUUCUGUGAAUCCUCCAACAAUCCAGCAAAUGGUCAGCUCAGAAACCAGAAUCAAGAGCUGAGAGACAAAGUUACGGAGCUGGAGCUUCGCUUACAAGUCCAAGAAAAGGAGCUGAAAAGUCAUCUCCACAAACUCCAAGAGACUCAGACUCUUCUGGACAAGUCACAGGCGGAGCUGGUUGAGAAAGACAAGACCCUGACUAAGAGCCGGGAUGACUUGGCGCGGGUGACCGUACAUCUGGAGCAGUCUGCUGAAAAGUGCUCGUCGACCGAACAGAAGCUGAAGAAAGUUUCCGAAGAGCUGAGCUGUCAGAGACAGAACGCGGAGAGCGCCCGCCUGACCCUGGAGCAGAAACUGAAGGAGCGAGAGAAAGAGAAUCAGCAGGAGCUGCUACGGUCCCAGAAUUCCCUAAAGGAUAUGGAGCAACAACUGAACCAGAUGAAAACCAAACUCAGCCUGGAGUCCCAGCAAGCCAAGAAUGAGUUCAACGCAAUGCAGGCAGAACUCGACCGGGCGACACAUGGGAAGAAGAUUUUAGAACAGGAAGUAGAAGAUUUAAGGCAGAAAUUAUGCAGAGCCGAACAAUCUGUGACCACCAGCCAGAAUCAUGUGACUGAUUUAAAGAAGAACCUGGAGGAGGCCAGGUCCCAACAAAACGCAAUACGCAGUCAGCUGGACCAGAAAACGAAAGAGAACCUGAAACUAGAAGAGGAAUUCAGAACGGCGAAUCAGACUCUGCGACAGAACCAAGUGUUUAUAGAUGAACUGAAAAACAAAAAUAACAGCUUGGAUGUAGAGAUUAAAGCUGCAUUGCAGAAACUUAAGAACCAAGAUUUGACCUCUUUAGAAAAUCUUAAAGCAACAACAAGGAAUCUGGAGAAGGAAAGAGAUUUUGCCAAGGAAUUGCUGCAGAAAAGAGAGAACAAUUUGACCGAAAUGAAUAACGCUCAGGAAAAAAUGUCUGAAGAAUUGUUGACAUUAAAGAAUGAACUUCAUUGUAAAGAGCAAGUAUGUAAAGACUUAAUGCAGUGGAAACAUGAACACGACAAAAAUACGACCACUUCUGUCACCGAGAAGGAGGAGACCUCUAAAAAAUUCCAGGACCUGGAGAGGACUGUUCAGAAUCUAAAAGAUCAGACAACUUUACUGGAAAACGAUAAGAGAAACUUACACACCCAGAUAAAGACCCUUCAAGAUAUCAUUGAAGUAAGAACAGCCGAUCUGGAGGUCCAGAAGGUGAACAUCGCAAAUCUGGACAGUCAGAGGGAGUCAGAAACUCAGAGGUAUCAAAAGGAAAUAAAAGACCUCUUGCAGAAAAUAACUGAACUGGAGGCACUGUCUGCCGAGUCAAGUCGAGUGUCCUUUUUGGAAAAAGAGUUGGAUAUACAGAAAAAUCUAAAGGUGAAACUACAAGAUGAACACGAGCACCUUCUCCGAAGUCAACAGGAAAUCAGAGUCAAAGUCGAAGGAAUGCGUCGGGGUUGUUUGACUAAUUCUACUGGGUUACAAGACGUUUCCUCUGAACCCUUAGUUGAUUUAAUUAUAUCUGUUAUCCGGGAAAAAGAAGAAGAAAUCAGCAAAUUAUUCGAACAGUUGAGCUCGGCCAAAGCAGAGACGGAAUCUGCGUGUCAGAAUAACAAAGAAAUUACCGCUAAGUUACAGUCAUCGUGGUCUGCAGAGAGGGAAACGCUGGCGGCGUCAAUUAAUUCCCUUCAAAAUGACCUUGAAAAGCUGACGGAGGAAAAUAAAAGAAUGGCAGAACUCUGCAAUAAGUGCGAGACAACGCAGCUAAAGAGAGCAAAGAUGGACACUUCAGAGAGAAACUUCUCAGACAAUACAGCAGAAAAUAACCUAAUCGAUGAGUCUAGAGAAGAAAACGCAAACCAGUAUGAAAAGCUAAAGGGAAACGUGGAGGAAAUGAAAGAAAAAAUUAUCAGAGUUCAGCAAGAGAAUGGCCGUCUGCUCAGAGCUAACGAAGAAAUGUCCUCGCUGAUCGGGAAGCUACGAGACAAUGAAUUAUCGCUAAAUAAGACUUUAGAAGAGUUACGGGUGUGUCUGAAGGACAAAGAAACGUCUUUAAGAAAUGCACAAACCAAGAUAGAAUCAAUGAGCACAAGUUGUACAGAGAAAGAGAGCUCAGCGGAGAGAGUCCGGGAGAGUUUGAUAGUCCUGCAGAGCCCACCAGACAGAUCCAAAAGGGAUAAUGGCUCAACUGUGAUGAAAGCCCCUGAAAGUAAAAAGGAGAAUGUUCUCCAUAGUCUGGAUGAAACAAUGCUGGAUGGAAACAGUGAUAGAAUAUUAAUGGAUAAUUCCCUGUUGGAUAUAACGGGAGAUAUUUCUUUAUUCGCACCAUCCGUAGGAUCACAGAAUCGAGAGGAAAAUUUAACACUGUUGAUCAACAUGGACCAGCUGACUUUGGCAUCUGCAAAUGACACCACGCUGCCCCUACCAGAUCUUAGCCAGUUAGAGUCUUUAAAAUGUUCUGCCUUGUCCCCUUUUAUCUCACCACCCAUAAAGGAAAGGGUCGAUGGAAAAGGAGAUAGAAAAUCAAUAACCAGCGAAAUUGUCGACCUACUCCUCGAAUCUCCUCCUCAGCAGCAGCGACAAGUCGUGACCCCGGGAGACAAGAGCAACGAAUGCGCAGAGGUUAAAGACUUGCUUAUGGUCUACCAAAUGGAGCUGAGCAGGUUGCAGAAGCAGCAUUUGUCUGAGAUUGCUGUGUGGCAGCAGAAAUUGGAAGAACAAGCCACAGAAAUGGAGGCAAAGUUGUCAGCUGAGAAGGCAGAGGCGGAGCGCUUGGCCCAGGAGCUGGAGGCUGCAAGGCUUGAACUGCAAGUUUUCGACUUGAGUGCACGCUCCCUGCUGUCGUUUGAUAAUGAUGAUUUAACGUCAAGACUUGAUGCUGCCAACCAGACCCUCUGCACUGUUCUGCCCAUAGAAAGACUUUCACUGGGCAACUGCGAACUGCAAACCCAUGGACACCUAAAGCAAAGUCCGAGAGUCGAGAGGAAAAGUGUUGAUGAGAAUAUUACGGAAAUGGUUCAUAAUGGAAGUCCUAAGGAACAAGAAGAAGAUAUCGAGAAGCCUUCUCGGAAGAGUAAGAGAAAGAAGGGCCGUAGUGGAGGCCAUGUAGACAAGCGGGAAUCUCAAGACGUGUCUGAGGAUCUCCAGCUACAGGCUGAAGAGAAGAAGUUAUGUCAGCUUCUUAAGGAAAGAGAAGAGAUUAAUGUGAAUUUGGUAGCAGAAAUAAAAGAUCUGUCAGGCCAAAUCGAGAGGCUAAAAGCUGAACUUCUUAAAAAAGACCAAGAAAAACAAGAUCUUGAUGAUAAAUCUAAAACGUUCGAAGUGGAAAGAUUGGAAUUACUGGGGGAAAUCGAAUUGAUAUCUAGUGAGAAAUCGCGGUCUGCAAAUAAAAUUGCCCAACUCGAAAAGGAGCUUAACAAUUCACUGAAUGGAAUGGAGAUAUUGAAAGAGCAGAUAUCUGAGCUGUCUAGUAUUCGAGACAGCUUAGAGAUUUCAGGCAAGGAAUGGAAAGAAAGUUACCUACAAACAGAAAGCGAGCUGAGGAGGGCAAAGUCUGAAAAAGCAAAUAUUGAGAACCACGCUCUGUCUCUAGAAGCUGACCUAGAUGUCCUCCAGUCCAAAUGCCAGCGACUACAAGAAGAAAGCGAAGGCAAUUUAAGAUUCUUUAAUGAGAUUCGAGAGAAUCUUAAUACUGUUGAGGCCGAGAAAAGUCAGCUAAGUCAGGACCUGGAGAGUUUAUUCGAAGAAAAGGAAGAACUUGAGCAAAUGUAUAAAAAUCUUAAGGGAAGGGAACAAGAGUUGGAAUCUGGUAAAUCAAACUCAAAGGAACUGAUAAAGAUAUUGGAAGAAGAUUUACGAACUUUGAAGGGAGAACUUCAGGCCGCGAAGUUGACCGCAGAACAAUUUGUGGCCGAAAGGGACUGUAUGUACAGCCUGCAAGAAAAGGAAAAGAUGCAAAUUCAAGAGCUGGAAAAUCAAAUUGAGAGAAUUCUAGAAGAAAAGAAAGUCUUGGUCAAUGAGCGAGAAGAUCUCCAGACACAAAUAAGCUCUGUGCAGGAGGAAAACGAGAAGCUUUCGAGAUCUCUGGAACGGUGUCAAGGUGAGAAGCAUGAGCUGGGCAGCAGCUUGAGUUCUGCUCAGGAGGAAGUUACUCUAAUGCGUACGGGAAUAGAGAAACUUAAAGUGAAGAUCGAAGCCGAUGAGAAAAAGAAGAGUCAAUCGAUGAACAAACUGAAAGAGAGUGAGCGGAAGUUUGACAAGUUGAAUGACCAGAUUGAGUCCUUGGAACGAGAACUGCAAAUGUCUGAAGAGAAUUUAGAGCAUGCCAUCUUGCAGGCUGAGGUGACUAAGGAGGAAUUAGAGGGAGUCACGGAGCAAAAAGAGGCCUUAGAAGUGGAAUUAAAAUGCUUGAGGCAGAAAAUUGAAGAACUGGAAAGAGAACUUCAUAGCAGCCGGGAGAAAAUGGUUGAAUUAGAGGCUACAAUUGCAGCCAUUACCAAAACUCUGGAGGAUAGAGAAAUCGAACAUACUCAGCUUAUGGACAAUUCCAAGAAGCAGCAGGAUUUGUUUCAAGCUGAACUGGAAAAUCUACUCACACAGAAAGCAAUUUCUGACCAAAGAUGUGAAAGUGCCAUGGCCGAAUGUGCCGAUGUUUCAUCCAAAAUGAAGCAACAUAAGGAACAAUUGCUGCAGGAGUUAGAGGAGGCCCAGGUGACCAGCAAAGAUCUCGAGACGUCUCUCCAAAAACUUACUUCGGAACACGAAGAAUGCAAACGUCAGCUAGACGAAAAGACUCGGCAACUGGAGGCCCUCGAAAGCCGAUCGGAAGAUGCAGAACAGAUAGAGAUGAGAUAUUCUACCGAGAUUGCCCGAUUUGAAGUUGAAUGCGAAAAUUUGAAGAACAAAAAUAAGAUUCUCCAUAUAACAUUGGAAAAUUUGGAAGAGAAGCUGCGGACAGUUUCAGCAGAAAAUGAGACUCUUCAAUCCACCAUUGCCUGUCUGAAAACCUCUUGUAGUGACCUCGAGGCACAGAUGGAAUCCACAAAUAUGGAAAAAAAGACUCUUCUGAAUAAGGUGGGGGAGCUGGAAGACAAUUGUUGUGGUUUACAGAGCAAAUUGCAAGAUGCCGAUCUACAUAUCAAAAGUAUUCAGGAGCGGAACAGCCGGGAACAAGUGGAUCAGGAUGAGGAGAUGCAGGCGAUCAGGAGGCAGCACGAGGACAGCAGUGCUCAGCUCCUGACCGCUACAUCUGAGGCAGCAGAAAUGAAGGCGUCCAUAGCUUCCCUGCAGAAAGAACUGGAGUCUCAGGCAAAGAAACAUGAGGAUGAUAUAAUGGAGUAUGAGAAGCGACUUCUCCAGGCCGACUCCAGCCACCAGUCCCUGCUGGAUGAGAUGCGGAAAAAGCAGAACGGAGACCUAGUGUGUUACCGGGAGCAGCUGACAUCACUGGAAACACAUCUUAAUGCUCACAAACAGGAGAUUGAUCGCUUAAAAGCCGCCAAUGGGGAACUGAACGAAUCCUUGUGUAAAGCGCAGGAGCAGCUGGCAGAACUGAGACAACUUAAGGUCAAUCUGUAUAAUUUAACAAAGAAAAAUGCGAAAACCUGCAGUGAUCUCAGUCAAUGGAUGAAGUCAUGUGAAGAGCUUAAAGAGGAGAAGCAGCAGCUGCAGAGGCAAAUCCAACAACAGGAGGAGACACUGAGGGGCCUGACCCAGAAGCACCGCGUCACAGAUAUGAACCCACCUGAUGAUGACUUACUAUCAGAGAUCGAAGAAUUGAAGCAGAGUUUGGAGGAGAAGACCUUGGAGGCAGAUGAGAGCGUAGAGAAGUACUGCAACCUGAUGAUAAAGACUCACAAACUGGAGGAUACCAAUGAGACGCUGAGGAUGCAGGUGGAUGUGCUGAGUGCCAGGCUGAAGGAGAUGGAGGCCGAGAAGGGAGAAGUGGUGGAGGCCAAGAAGGGAGAGGUGGGGGAGGCCAAGAAGGGAGAAGUGGGGGAGGCCAAGAAGGGAGAAGUGGGGGAGGCCAAGAAGGAAGAAGUGGUGGAGACCAUGAAGGAAGAAGUGGGGGAGGCCAAGAAGGAAGAAGUGGUGGAGGCCGAGAAGGAAGAAGUGGUGGAGACCAUGAAGGAAGAAGUGGGGGAGACCCACCAGCCCUCACUGCCUGGAGAGGCUAAGAAACGAAGGAAGAGCAGGCAGUCCUCACAAAGGAAACAAGCGGGCAAGAGACGAAGAGACUCGGAGAACACAAGCCAAACUCCAUCCACACCCCAGGCUGUGACCAAAAGGAUAAAGAAAACUGCAAGUCGGAGCUUAGAAGACGAGUUUGACCCUGAAGGGCUUCCAGAGGUUGUCAAAAAAGGAUUUGCUGAUAUCCCAUCUGGGAAGCAAAGUCCAUUCGUCCUCCGGAGAACAGCGGUGCCGUUAAGGAGGAGCCCCCGUCUCCCGUCACAGACAAAUUCUCCAUCAAUACUGAACGCCCGUACUGAUAGUCUCGAAAACAUUCCUACUAACAGUCCAACACCAGGGGGCAGCAAAUCUCACUUGACAAAGCCCACAGAGGACGACUCUGUGCCGAUGGACGUCCCGUCUCCUCUUUCCGCCUACGACAAAAGGAAGGCCCAAUCGUCUGAUAAUUUCUACGCACACGAACCGGAAAAAGAGCAAGCAAGCGCCAAACUUGAUGAGACUGAAGAAGAGGGAGCGUGUCAAGUGCAGUGAA